AUGCUGCGCAUCACUCAGCUUUCCGGGGAGGAGCUGACCUGCCUUCCUCUCACGGAGCUCAACGACGUGAAGGCCCUGAAGCAACGCUUGCACGAGCAGCACGGCCUGCCGCCACGCUUCAGGCAGAGGCUUCUGCACGAAGGCAACACUUUGGAUGACGCCGUCAAGUUGGAAACUAGCCAGUUGCCUCGUACCCUGCGGCUGGCCAUGCUCGGCAUCACCCAACUUUCCGGGGUGGAGCUGACGAGCCUUCCUCCCGCGGAGUUAAGUGACGUGAAGGCCUUGAAGCGGCGACUACAUCAGCAGCACGGCCUACCGCCACGCUUCAGGCAAAGGCUCCUUCACGAAGGCAAGCCUUUGGAUGAUGCCGCUGUGAUUGUGGCGCUCUCCGAGGUUUCGGAGUUCCAGCAGAACGAGCUACACCAUGCGGCAUUAUUUGGCAACGUGGCCCAGGCGGAAGCGCUGCUGCAGCUCCCCAUGGACCCGGAUGUUGCAGAUAAGCAUGGCGCCACGCCAUUGACGUUGACGGCCCAGGAAGACCAUGUGGAUGUCGCACAGUUGCUCCUGGAGGCCGGUGCCUGCCCCGACACGCGUGACAAUUUCGGCGAAACAGCGCUGAUGUUUGCAGCAACCGAAGGUUCUGCUCAAGUUGCACAGCUGUUGCUGGAAGCAGGUGCUCAGGCAGAUUCGCGUAGUGACGACAACGUUACAGCGCUGAUGCGCGCAGCCUUCAACGGCAAUACUUCAGUCGUGCGGUUGCUGCUUCAGGCCGGUGCCCACGUGGAUGCAGUUGACAGUGCUGGCAGCACAGCGCUGAUGGAGCACGUGAAGGUCAUGGUCCCGUCCUUCGACUUCUGGAGGCCGGGGCCGCAAAGGACCUCCGGAAUGAACGGGUGGCAACUGAUCCCGAAGUCCGGCGACUGCUGGAGGCCAGCCCUACAUGACCGAAGCAGGGGCUGCAGAGCGCUGAAGAUGUGGAUUUUGUGA